AUGAGCACAGACAUGUUGCUGUUUGUCCUCUCAGUCUUUACACUGUUGCUACAGAUUCAUUCUCAAAGAUUAUCCGAUCAAUCCACGCUCAUAGUAUCUCCAGCAUCAGUGUAUAAAGAAUCUAACACAGUUCAGCUCAAACCUGAUGGAGCAACAGAUGCAGAGGAGACACCACGAGAAACAGCGUCCACUCCGUCUCUCUUCACCACAGUUAAAGCUUACAAUGAGAGGCCAAACAUUACAGUUGUCCAUGACUCUCCUCUUGGUGAAUUCAGAAUUAAAUGUAAAAUACCAGGAUCUGAAAACACUGGUUGUGGUCUGUUCUUGGGAGACAAUGACCAACCGCUUUUAAAGACAGACUCACAUAAAAUGUCUGGAGAAAUACAGUGUAGUUUUACGAUUACAGAAUCAGAUUUAUUCAUUAAACUGCGUUCAGUUAAGAGUAAAUCAUUGAGCUGCAAAUAUUCUCCAAAAACAGACCCAUCCAAAAGUUCACCAUACAGUGACAAAUACAACCUGACAGCUUUUCUUCCGGUGCAAAAACCCCAAGUCACCACACAUCGGUUACCAAACACUGAGACAAAAACAGAGGAAUCAACAAUUUCUUUUCUUCCUUUCCAAAUUUACCAAGUCACCAACCAGUCAGCAAGCACAACAGAGGAAUCAACAAUUUCGUCUCUGGCUACAGCAUCCAUUCCUAGUUUUGGGAAGACAACAGACGGUACUGACGCUCUUCUAGAAGAGACUCCAUCUUUAUUCUCCAUCAGCACAACACCAGUUUUCAAUGCUUCAACUCCUGUUAAAACUGAGGGUUCUGAAAGAAAACGUUUUUUUAUCAUGAUGCUGGCAACCACCGGUGGAGGGAUUAUAUUAACCGGACUCACGGGAGUUUGUCUGUGCUGCUUCAAGAUUGCCAAAAACAAACCAAAUAAGAUGAGUCCUAUGGAAACUUCCAUGGCAUUCUUACAAAGAGCACCAGAUGAUACUGAAGAAUCUGAGGAACUUUCUGAGGAAAAUGAGGAGAAAUUGUACCACGUGUACAGCACAAUCUCUGAUGUCUCCACAGAGCAGCAUCAAUUAUACAGUCUAGCACAGAUCCCAGAGCAACCCCUGCAACAUUAAUGACUAUUACAAGUGCUCUAUCAAAUGAUGUCAUUGUUUUUCUUUUAUUUUAAAAAUAUUCAAACUAACUGUACAUUGUCUGAUACUGCUGGUCUAAUAAUAAAAUAUCGCU